UGCUGUUUUUAUGUAAACGGUCAUAAGUCAUAAUUUUAAUAUUAUUAAAUUUAUAAGUUAUUGUUAAGGUAAACUAAGUAAAAACAAUAAAUUAAUGGAUCCGCCUUCACCAUGGAAGACACCAAAGGAAGUUAUGCGAUUGCAUACAAUGAAGAAGCGAAAAAAAGCUCUACAGGAGCGCAUGAAGCAACCAGCAUCUACCGUGAGCGAAGAGAAAGUAGUAGAAAAACAGGUGGAUUUAGAUUUUUCCAGAAUACUGAAUGGAGAUAAAAGAAGGAAUCCAUUUUCAAAAUCAAACAGUGAACAGGAUAAUAAAAAAAUUAAAUUAGAUAAACCAACACCUUUAGAGGAAUCAAGUGACAAAACACUGUUUCAAAUUUUAAAGCUGCCAGCCAAAGUACCUGAGAAACCUUCUCAAGAUGUGGACACAGAGAAGCUAUCUACCUUUUCUAACUUAUUACAGAAGUUUACAGCAGAUCACACUGUAAAAACUCCAGUAGGUGAACCAAAAUACAACCACCUAGCAAUAGAUUGGGCAUUGAAAACAAAAUUAAGGGUCAUGUCCCCAAAACCUUUUCCCUGGACGUCUAAACUCAAAGCCAGUGAGGAGGCAUCAGGGAUUACAGGGUUUGUGAGAUGUCUGGACACCACAUCGUCUCCCACACUAGACACAUCACCGAAGGCGAGGUUCCACCAGACGUGCCUGUACUGGCAACAUCCACACCUACCAUGGCUAAACUUGUUCCCCCGCUCGUCUGGGAAGGUCGCAGCCACCAACUUUAUGGCAACUAAUGAAGAAGUUAAACAGGCUCUCAUGACUGAAUGGACAGAGAGCUUUAGGUCAUUGUUUCAAUUGCUGCGCGCCCGCCACUGCCCGUACUUCUACGUGUGCGCGAACAGCUUCACCGUGCUGUUCCGCGCGGCCGGCGUGGGCGCCGCCGAGCCCAGCGCGCUCAUAGCUCCCACCACACGAGGCCUGCGACGGGCGAUGAAACAAGAGGAUGUCGAGUUCACAAUGCCUCUACGACCUGACAAGAAGAGGAACACGUCAGACGAUGGGGCGCGAAACUCGUCGUUUGACAGCUGCUACGAGACCAUGGAGGGUACGGAGAACAAAUACUGCUCGGGGGACGAGGAGGACCCCGACGAGUUCCUCUCACAAAUGGGACUUGAGACUGAGGAGAUUAGGAGGAUCAAUCACGCUCAGACGCGCGUAACAGUGGCAGCAGAGAGCGUGGUAGACGCGGCGGCGGCGUCGCUGGCGGCGGCACGCGGCGCGGACGCUCAAGCGCUGUUCAACUGGCUGCUCAACUGCCGCUCGCUGGUCGCUGCGGCCGGCCCGCUUGCCGCUGUGCCGCCCACACUGCUCGCACCGACUGCAUUCCACGGAGCAGCGCUACAGUCGCUCAAGGUACGAGAGAACACGAUAACGUGCGACAGCAAGAAGUACUACUCGAUCGAGCUGCGCGGCCCGAUCCUGCCGACGGCGCUACACUCGCUGCUGCGGCUGCUGCGCUCGUCCGCAGCGGCUCAAUUCAGCGCCACGUUCGCGCACCACGCCCCCACGCUGGCGUUCUCGUACGCCGCGCGCGUGCUCGCUGAAGAAGAGUCGACAAAGGAAAACGAACCUAACCAUUUCUCGAAGGCUUUUAACAAGGAGAACCUAUCGGACUGCGGCCUGAGCGAGGACAUGCUCAAACUGUUUUGCUCGCCCGACCCCAGCCUAAUACAGUCCAUAGACAGUGUAAAGUGUAAUGAAGACGGGACUUAUACGUGGUGAUAAUUUGUAUGUUUGUGCACUAAUUUAUGAAUGCCUAAUGUGAAUCAUGAAUUGAAUGAAAUUUAUUUUU